AUGUCUGAAGUUGCAAAUGGCAGUGAAGUUUCACCGCCACUUGUUAAUUUAAAAUCUGAUUCGCGACAAAAUGGACGGGGCUCUAUCAGUACAGCUCAACCUUCAACAGCAGCCGUAGCUUCAUCGAAGAAUAAAGUCAGUGGCACUGACCGUCAACAAGAACUUGCUCGACAAGCAAAAGCUCUUCGAGAUGAACGUCGAAUCACACUCGAUGGUCGACAUGAAUAUCUUUUUUCUACGCUCGCUGAAGCAGUUGGAAUUGAUUCUGCACAAGUUGAAGAUCAUAUUCUGGGAGAUGAAAAAUUCGAUUGUAUUGAUGAUUUCUUUCUUGCCGGUGGACGACGAGUCUUAAUGUUUUGCUAUCAAGAACCUAAAAAUCCCGAACUGAACCAACCAGUUUAUGGUCGUAUGACCAAUGCUGGACCGAAAAAACGUGUAAUGAUUUGUACUGGUGGUGAAUCAACGCCAUUAACUGGUUCAUUGUAUUAUUUUAUUCGACCCAAUUCGACAAAAGCAAUUACAUCAUCAAGCAUUUCCAGUGAUGUCGUUUUUGGUCAAUUAGAUGCUUCUAAUGGUAAAAUGCUCGAAUCAAUUGACCAGCUAUUAGCAAAUAUAGUUAUUCCAUUGUUAAACCAAUAUGAAGAUUGGGGAGCUUUAAAAAAUCGUGGUAAUCUCAAUGUACAAGACUUUCUCGAUGCUAUGGGUCAAUUCACAGCUACCGUCAAUGGUGCCAAUGAUAAUAUCGCACACCAAGUUAAAUUGGCACCGGGAGAUAAUGAUAAUACUUUAUCGACAUUAGCAACACCACAUGAUUAUCAAGUCAUGGCAGCUAAUAGUGAAUUCGUGACCGAAUGUGAAAAUUUAAUGGAGAAAUGGUGUAAACAGAUCGAAAAAAUCUUAGCGGAAAGCGAACAGAUCCGACGCGAAGCUGAUGACGUUGGACCAUCAGCUGAAUUAACUCACUGGAAACAACGUAUGGCGACGUUUAACAACCUUUUAGAACAAAUCAAAUCCCCCCGAUGCCGCGCCGUUGUUGGUGUUCUUCAAAUAGUCAAAUCGAAACUGCUAAUUCGUUGGAAAGAUCUGGAUGCUCGAAUCACCGAUGCUGCCAAUGAAGCUAAAGAUAACGUUCGAUAUCUAUACACAUUAGAUAGAUUUCUCAGUACACUCGAUCGAAGCAAUCUCAAUUCAAUUUCAGCCAACAUUCCUAACUUGAUGAACGCAGUUCGAAUGAUCCAUAGUAUUUCUCAAUAUUACAAUUCCUCCGAGCGCAUGACAUCCUUAUUCGUGAAAAUAACAAACCAAAUGAUCAACACAUGCAAACGUUACAUUCGAAAUGGUAACAAUCGUCUUUGGGACGUUCCAAAACAAGAACUCAUCAGCCGAAUGAACGAAAGUAAAAAAUUGAACGAAGAAUAUCAAGGGAACUUUCAUAAGACCAAAGCGAAAUUACAAGAAUCAGCGAACGAACGUCAAUGGAAUUUCAGUGCAAACUAUAUCUUCGGCAAAUUCGAUGCAUUCUGCAAACGUCUCGAUCGUAUUGUCGAUGUUUUGAAUACUAUCGAUAGUCUUAGUGGUUUACAGAACAUUCGUGUCGAAGGUUUAGAACCGAUCGUUGUAAAAUACCGUUCAGUUGUCGAUGCGAUCAAGAAGAAAAACUAUGAUAUUCUCGAUCAUCGUAAACCAGAUUUUGAUACCGAUUACAAUGAAUUCAAAUCACAAAUCGAGUAUAUUCAAGCUCAACUUCAAAUGUUUAUCGAUUCUUGGUUUCGAAAGUCAUACACGGUGGAACAAUCGUUACUAUUUUUGAAUAAAUUUCAAGAUCUCGAAGGUGUUAAAAUCGACUUCGCUGAUAAAUACAACAAAUUAUUGCAAAACUUCAGUAAAGAACUCGAUAUUGUACGAAAGAUCUACGAAAAAAACAAAGAAGAUCCGCCAUUAGCACGAAACUUACCACCCACCGCUGGUCGAAUUAUCUGGGCACGACAAUUGUACAAACGAAUAAGCAUUCCAAUCAAAUUAUUGCAAGAGAAGAUGGAUUUAAACAAAAGUGAAGAUGGUAAAUUAGUCAUCAAAAAUUUCAACAAAAUUGCGGAAGCUUUACUUCAAUACGAAAUCUUAUUUUAUCGUAAUUGGGAGCGUACUAUCGAAUUGAUCAAGAAAGGUAUGCAAUCAAGUGUUUUCAUUCGACAUCCCGAAACCAAAGAAGAACACGUGAAUUUCGAUCCUCAAGUAUUGGAAAUGAUUAAAGAUGCUCAAUAUUUAUCCAAAUUAGGUUUGGACAUUCCCGAAGUAGCCACAACAUUACUUCGUCAAGAAGAUCAAAUUCGCCGUGCAAGUGUUCGUUUACAUGAACUAUUAAAUGAAAUCAAGCAAGCAUACGCAACUAUUCCGAAAGAUUUGUAUCCAUUAUUAAAACCACACCGAGAAAAAGUUGAAGAAGCACUACGGCCUGGUUUCGUGGCUAUUACUUGGUCAUCGUUAAAUAUUGAUGAAUUUAUUAAUAAUGUUCGACAAGAACUUGAACAAUUACGUGUUUUGAUCAAUGAUUGCACAAAUAUUGUCCAAUGUCGUAUUGAAAAUGCUUUGCAGACUAUUGCUGAAACUCAACUAUCAGAACCACAACCAGAUCCGAUCACACUAGAUGAAUUUUCGAAAUUAACCGAUGAAUCGUGUCAACAUGCUAUUAGUUCGAUCACACGACAAACCUUAUUGUGCGAAAAGGCUGUUCAAUAUCUCUUAGAAACGUUGAAAAAACGUUUGAAACCCAACGAACAAGCGCAAAUCAAAGAAACCGAGACUGAAUAUUACGAAUGCGCAUUGAAAUCCACAAUGCCAACGAAAGGCCAUGUGGCACGAUGCAAUGACUGUCAACCAUGUGCAUUCUUCAAUCUUCUAACUGUAUAUUGGAAUAAGAACAUUGAUGCUAUUGUUCAAUGCACGCGAAGUUCAUUGGAAACUAUUCGCAAACGUUUACAACAACCCAUUCGUUAUGUGGGAGAAGAAGUCAUACGUGAACAAGUGCGAAAUCCAUUAUUUCGUACGGAUAUUGUUUUAUCGAUUCCAAAUGUGCUUGUCAAACCAAGUUUGGAUGAUAUGCAAUCACAAUUGAAUAAAUCAGCGAAUACAAUGCUGAAAAUUGGACAGGACAUUCCAGAAUGGUUUCACGCGAAGAAACUUCGAGAAAUUUUAAUCAAGGAAAUCGAAAAACAAGCCUUGGAUGAAGGUGAAGAUGUGAAAUUAGCUGUUCAAUCAAAAGCACCAAAACCAUUACAUAAAAUCAUUGCCGAAAAUAACGAUGUCAAAAAAGUUGUUCUCUCACUCAAUUCUGCCAUUAGCACAUUCAAACCAGAUGUUCAAGACAUGAUGAAGAACUUCACUGGUUUUGCUGAAUUAUGGGAAAAAGAACCUGAACCGACUGUUAAAGCAUUUAUGGAAACUAAACCUUUGAUGGUUGACUUUGAAGCUCUCUUCAAACAUUACAAACGCAUGGAAACCGAUAUUGAUGAGUUUCCUCAAACUUUUCAAGUUGGUUCAAUUGUAUUUCACACUGAAAAUCUUAAACGUGGUCUAAAAACGGAAAUCAACAAUUGGAAGAUGGCGUACGCGAAAGCGUUGAACGAAAAAGCUGCCCAAGACAUGCAAAUGAUCUUCGAUAAAGUCGAAGAUAUUCAAAAACGUCUAACCCGUCCAUGCAAUGAUCUCGAUGAUGUUCGAACACACAUGGGUGCCUUAGCUGAAAUCCGUCAAAAUGAAAUUUUAAUCGAUCAAACCAUCACACCUGUCGAAGAAACAUACGCGAUGUUUAACAAAUACGAAAUCGCGUUUAACGAUGGCAAACCUGAACUCGUCGAUACUUUACAAUAUGCCUGGAAGAAAUGUUUACAGCAAGGUAAAGAAGUUCAAUCAAAUCUACUCGACAUUCAACCGAAAUUUAAACAAAAUCUUUUGGAUAAUGUGUCAACAUUUCAAAAUGAUGUUAACCAAUUUGCUGAUGAUUAUGCGAAGAAGGGACCGAUGGCUCGAGGUAUUCCACCUCGUGAAGCUAGUGAUCGACUAACGCUGUUUCAAGCGAGAUUUGAUGAAUUAUGGAGAAAAUUUGAAACGUACAGUGCCGGAGAAGAAUUAUUCGGUUUAUCAGUUACUGAGUAUCCAGAUUUACAACGAAUCAAACGAGAAUUAAGUUUGUUACAAAAACUCUACGGUCUAUACAAUAUUGUCAUCGAUACUAUCAAUGGUUACUAUGAUAUCGCAUGGGCCGACGUAGACAUUGAAAAAAUCAAUAAUGAUCUACUAGAUUUUCAAAACCGCUGUCGAAAAAUGCCCAAAGGUCUUAAAGAAUACGAAGCUUUCGAUGAAUUGAAAAAGACGAUCGAUGACUUCAAUGAAACUUGUCCGCUACUUGAAAUGAUGGCAAACAAAUCAAUGAAACCUCGGCAUUGGGAACGUAUUGCAACUACAACCAGUCACAAAUUCGAUAUUGAAUCAGAUAACUUUCUCCUACGUGAUAUCAUGGCUGCCCCACUACUGAAAUACAAAGAAGAUAUCGAAGAUAUUUGUAUAUCAGCAACAAAGGAAAAAGAUAUCGAAGCGAAACUCAAUCAAGUCGUUGCUGAUUGGGGAAAUCAGAACUUUCAAUUUAGUACAUUCAAAGCGCGUGGUGAACUUCUUCUCAAAGGUGAUUCGACCGGUGAAGUAAUCGCGCUUAUGGAAGACUCUCUCAUGGUCCUCGGUUCAUUGAUGUCCAAUCGUUACAACGCACCGUUCAAAAAGAAAAUUCAAGAAUGGGUGCAGAAAUUAACUUCAACAACGGAAAUCAUCGAAAAAUGGAUGGCAGUACAAAAUCUUUGGAUUUAUCUCGAAGCCGUCUUCGUCGGUGGUGAUAUCGCCAAACAACUACCAGCGGAAGCAAAACGUUUCGGAAAUAUCGAUAAAUCUUGGCAGAAGAUCAUGCAACGUGCACAUGAGAAUUUAAAUGUCGUUAGCUGUUGCACAGCCGAUGAUACUCUAGCGCAACUGUUACCACAUUUGUUCGAACAAUUAGAAUUGUGUCAGAAAUCAUUGACGGGUUAUCUCGAAAAGAAACGUUUGGUUUUUCCACGAUUUUUCUUCGUUUCUGAUCCAGCACUUUUGGAAAUUCUCGGUCAAGCCAGUGAUUCACAUACGAUUCAAAACCAUUUGUUGAGUGUCUUUGAUAACACGAAAACAGUUACAUUCGAUGAUAAGGUUUACGAUAAAAUCCUCGUCUUAAACUCUCAAGAAGGUGAACAAGUACCGUUGAAAGAUUCAGUCAUGGCUCAAGGUAAUGUCGAAGUUUGGCUGGGAGAUCUUUUGAAAGCUUCACGAGCAUCGUUGCAUAAAAUUAUUCGUGAUGGUGCGAUCGCCAUUCAAGAUACAGCGUUCAAUCUAAUGGAUUUUCUUAGUAGUUUUCCAGCUCAAGUCGGUUUACUCGGUCUUCAAAUGUUAUGGACACGGGAUGCUGAAAUUGCAUUGAAUAAUACAAAAGUCGAUCGUAAAAUUAUGCAAGAUACCGCAAAGAAAUUUCUUGAUAUCUUGAAUGCAUUGAUUACCAAAACCACAGAAGAUUUGUCGAAAUUAGAUCGUGUGAAAAUUGAAACAUUGAUUACCAUUCAUGUCCAUCAAAAAGAUAUCUUCGAUGAAUUAGUUAUCAAUAAAACUCGUUCACCACUUGAAUUCGACUGGUUGAAACAAUGUCGAUUCUACUUCGAUGAAGAUGCCGAUAUUUGCAGAAUUUCAAUUACCGAUGUCGAUUUUAAAUACAUGAAUGAAUAUUUGGGUUGCACAGAUCGUCUUGUCAUUACACCGUUGACUGAUCGAUGUUAUAUCACAUUGGCACAAGCUUUACACAUGUCAUUAGGUGGUGCACCUGCAGGACCUGCUGGAACUGGUAAAACCGAAACAACUAAAGAUAUGGGUCGUUGUUUGGGCAAAUUCGUUGUCGUAUUCAAUUGUUCGGAUCAAAUGGAUUAUCGUGGUCUCGGUCGUAUUUACAAAGGUUUAGCUCAAUCAGGAUCAUGGGGUUGUUUCGAUGAGUUCAAUCGUAUCGAACUGCCUGUACUUUCCGUCGCUGCUCAACAGAUCGAUAUUGUCUUACGUUGUAAAAAAGAGAAGAAACCUCAAUUUAUUUUCACUGAUGGUGAUAACGUCGAUAUGGAUACUGAAUUCGGUAUUUUCUUAACCAUGAUCGAUAUUGUCUUACGUUGUAAAAAAGAGAAGAAACCUCAAUUUAUUUUCACUGAUGGUGAUAACGUCGAUAUGGAUACUGAAUUCGGUAUUUUCUUAACCAUGAACCCUGGUUAUGCCGGUCGUCAGGAACUUCCCGAAAAUCUGAAAAUCAACUUUCGUACAGUCGCUAUGAUGGUUCCUGAUCGUGCCAUCAUCAUGCGUGUCAAAUUGGCCAGUUGCGGUUUUCUUCAAAAUAUCAAAUUGGCCAAGAAAUUCUAUACAUUAUACAAACUUUGCGAAGAACAGUUAACAAAACAGGUUCACUACGAUUUCGGUCUACGAAAUAUUCUAUCCGUCUUACGUACUUUGGGUGCGUUUAAACGUGAGAACCCAACCGAUUCUGAAGAAAAAACUAUGAUGCGUGUUCUGCGUGAUAUGAAUCUUUCAAAACUGAUCGAUGAAGACGAACCACUCUUCUUAUCUCUAAUUGAUGAUUUGUUUCCUGGUAUUCAACUUGAAACCAAAGGUUAUCCAGAAAUCGAAGGAGCUAUCAAAACACAGACUGAACAAGCACAACUAGUUCAUCAUGCACCAUGGGUAUUGAAAUUGAUUCAAUUGUAUGAAACACAACGUGUACGACAUGGUAUGAUGACACUAGGACCCAGUGGUGCUGGUAAAACCAAAUGCAUCACAAUUUUGAUGAAAGCUAUGACAGAAUGUGGUGCACCACAUCGUGAAAUGCGUAUGAAUCCUAAAGCUAUCACUGCACCACAAAUGUUCGGUCGAUUGGAUGUGGCAACAAAUGAUUGGACUGAUGGUAUCUUCUCUACUCUAUGGCGUCGAACAUUGAAAACGAAAAAAGGUGAUCAUGUUUGGUUGAUUCUCGAUGGUCCUGUCGAUGCCAUUUGGAUCGAAAACUUGAAUUCCGUCUUAGAUGAUAAUAAGACACUAACAUUAGCUAAUGGUGAUCGAAUUCCAAUGGCUCCAAAUUGCAAAAU